UGUACUCGUUGAUGAUGAUGAUGCAGGAGCAAGGCGAACUGUGCUUCCCGCUGCUCGCCAACACUUCUUGCAGGAGGACGCAGCGUGAUCCCUCGACCGUCGCUCUUUCCUCCAUCCUGCUGUCUGCCAUCUCUCUGAUCACCGUCACUCUGAACCUGCUGGUCAUUAUUUCCAUCUCUCACUUCAAGCAACUGCAUACUCCCACAAACCUGCUGCUGCUUUCGCUGGCUACCUCGGAUUUCUUGGUGGGCUUCCUUUUGUUGUUUCAGAUUUUCCUUCUUGAUGGUUGUUGGUCUUUUGGUGACCUGAUAUGCAUUGUGUAUUAUGUCCUGAAUUACGUGAUAACGUCUGCCUCAAUAGGAAGCAUGGUGCUCAUAUCAGUUGAUCGCUACAUAGCAAUCUGUGACUCUCUGCAUUAUCCCAUCAAAGUCACUCUAAUAAGAGUCCAAAUAUGUGUUUUUCUGUGUUGGUCUGUUUCGAUAAUUUUCCACUGUCUCUGUUUUAUGGACUCUCUGAAGCAACCUGGCAGGUUCAACACUUGUGUAGGUCAGUGUGUGAUUGUGGUCACGUACGCUGUAGGAAUGACAGACCUCAUUUUCUCCUUCAUUGGCCCAAUCACUGUCAUUGCGGUUCUGUACAUGAAAGUGUUUGCGGUGGCUGUGUCUCAGGUGCGCGCCAUGCGCUCCCGCGUGGGGAUGGUCACAUUGCGCAACACAACUAUCAAGAGUUCUGAGCUGAAAGCAGCCAGGACGUUGGGCGUGGUUGUGGUGGUGUUUAUUGUGUGCAUCAUGCCAUAUUUCUGCAUCGCCAUUUCAGGCCAAGAUGUUCUGCUCAGUGUGUCAUCUUCAGCCGUUAUUAUCUGCUUGGUCUUCUUCAACUCCUGCCUGAACCCACUGAUUUAUGCUAUCUUCUAUCCCUGGUUUAGAAAGGCCAUCAAGCUCAUUGUGACACUGCAAAUUCUGAAGUCUGAUUCCAGCCAAAUGAAUAUAAUGUAG